AUGGCCGAAAACGACGGCGGCGUCUACAGCGUUUAUUUAACCGUAAAAAAUAUUUUUUGGAGCGAAUCAUUUUGGCUGCCAUCUAACACGACCUGGGCCGUUCUGGAACGUACGGAAGAGAGGUUUUUUCCGAGUGCCAGCGACCUCUGGAUCCCUUUUCCGCUGGCCGUCUUCCUAUUUUUUCUUAGAUUGAUGUGGGAACGGUAUGUUGCCCUGCCAAUUGGUCGGCAAUAUAAACUUAGGGAGUUGUGUCAAAAAAAGCCAAUACCCAAUGAAGUCCUCGAGAAGUUGUUUAAGAAGAAUAAGAAGGUUCUUCCUAGCAAAGAGCAUAUGAAGAGUUUAAUGAAGGAGUUGGACAUGAGUGAAAUUCAGAUAGAGAGAUGGUGGCGAAGAAGAAGAGUGCAGGACAAACCGAGUGAGAUGCAGAGGUUUAGAGAGACAAGCUGGAGGUUCAUAUUUUAUUUCUUUGCUUUCUGGGGUGGACUUAUAACCUUGUGGGAUAAAUCUUGGUUCUGGGAUACAGAUCAUUGCUGGUAUGACUAUCCUACUCAGCACGUCUAUCCAGACAUCUGGUAUUACUACAUGAUCGAGAUCAGUUUCUAUUGGUCGCUCGUUCUGUCUCUAUUCAUGGAUAUCAGAAGAAAGGAUUUCAAGGAGAUGAUAGUUCAUCACAUAGUGACUAUCUCCCUGAUGGCAAUGUCCUACUCGGCUAACUUCAUGCGGAUCGGAUCGCUGAUCAUGUGCGUGCAUGACGCUGUCGACUGGAUCAUGGAGCUGGGAAAGCUGGCGAAUUAUUGUAAGUACAGAAAGACAACAGAUCUCAUCUUUGUCUGUUUCACUGUAGUCUGGUUCAUAACAAGGAUAUGCAUCUAUCCUUUUUACAUUCUGAAAAGCACACUGUUUGAGGCAACGAAAAUCGUUGGCAUGGCGAACAUUUACUUCGUCUACAACGGGCUCCUCUGUACUCUGCAAGUCCUUCACAUCAUCUGGUUCGCCAUGAUCCUCAAGAUGGCCUACUACUACGUCAUCAAGGGCCAGGUGUGUGGGGUUGCGGUGUGUGGUUUUGUGACUGUGUGGGUGGGGCGUUUUUGUGUGUGUGCGCGCGUUUGUGUGACUUUGUAA